AUGGAAGGAAUACCUCACCCAGUACCUCGAACUGUCGAAGAAGUUUUCAGCGAUUAUAAGGGAAGACGCGCUGGUUUGAUCAAAGCCCUAACUACUGACGUUGAAAAGUUUUACCAGCUCUGCGAUCCCGACAAAGAGAAUUUGUGCUUAUACGGAUAUCCAAGUGAAACAUGGGAAGUGAAUUUGCCUGUUGAAGAAGUGCCUCCCGAACUUCCCGAGCCAGCGUUAGGUAUAAACUUUGCUAGGGAUGGCAUGCAAGAGAAGGACUGGUUAUCACUGGUUGCAGUUCACAGUGACUCAUGGCUGCUUGCUGUUGCUUUCUAUUUUGGUGCUCGCUUUGGAUUCGGUAAGAAUGAAAGGAAAAGGCUUUUUCAGAUGAUAAAUGAGCUGCCAACUAUCUUUGAGCUUGCAACUGGAACUGCUAAGCAAUCAAAGGACCAACCGCCUGCUCAUAACAAUGGUAGCAAUAGCAAAUUCAAAUCAAGUGGAAAGUCCCGCCAGUCGGAGUCUCAGACCAAGGGUGUGAAGAUGUCUGCACCGCCCAAAGAAGAGGAUGACAGUGGAGAAGAAGAUGAUGAUGAUGAAGAAGAUGAUGAACAAGGUGCAACCUGUGGUGCUUGUGGUGAUAAUUAUGGCACUGAUGAAUUCUGGAUCUGUUGUGAUAUGUGCGAGAAAUGGUUCCAUGGUAAAUGUGUUAAAAUUACUCCCGCCAAGGCUGAACACAUCAAGCAAUACAAGUGUCCCGGCUGCAGUACCAAGAAGCCAAGAAUUGCAUAG